AUGAGUGAGAUCGAUAAAAAGGCAAGAUCAUCUACUAAGGGUUGUUCUUUACACACAAGUGGGGCUCAAAGUCAAGAAAGUGUGAGGAGAAAAUUGGAAAAGGAACUGGGAAGACCAGUAACUCAGGCUGAGGCAUUUAAGGCAACACAUAUUAGAAAGAAGAAAAAUCCUGAAGAUCCAUACAUGUGGGUUGAACCGCGAACUGAAAUGACCUAUAAUCGAUAUCUUCAAGCUUUGGAGGAUUUACAACAAACUCUGCCGGAAGAAAAUCGAGAUAUGCCACUUACUCAAGAACAUGCUGAGAGAGUUUGA